GUGAUAUUACCGCUCAUACAGCGUCCGACAUGGCAACUCGCGCAGACGAACUCGAUGGCGAUGGCAGCGACCCUAUCGCAAUAUGUGGCUUUUCUAUUAAAUUCCCUCAGCAGGCAACAUGUCCCGAAUCAUUUUGGGAGAUGCUUCUGAACAGACAGUCUGCCACGUCCGACUUCCCUGCGAGCCGCUUGAAUCUAGCGGGUUUUCACCACCAUGAGAAUAGAUCCAACACUGUCCCGCUCAGGGGGGGUCACUUCAUCGAUGAGGAUCUAUCGCUUUUUGACGCGGACUUUUUCUCAAUCUCACCUGCAGAAGCUGCAGCAAUGGACCCUAUGCAGCGAUGGCUCCUAGAGACAACGUACAGAGCUCUAGAGAACGCCGGACUCUCCAUGGCCGAGGUAUCGGGCACCUCUACCGCCGUAUAUGCUGGAUCCUUCGGUUACGAUUACAUGAUCCAGCUAUAUCGCGAUGCAGAAGUGCAGCCCAAGUAUGCCGCUGUCGGAGUUGGGCUCAGCAUGCUUGCCAAUCGUCUGAGCUGGUUUUUCAACCUACGCGGCCCGAGUAUCGGUCUCGACACGGCCUGCUCAAGUGCAGCAACAGCUCUCGACAUCGCCUGUCAGGCGCUGAAGAAUAAAUCUUGCAAUAUGAGUCUCGUCGCCGGCUGCAGCUUAACAUUCUCGCCGGAAGCCUAUGCUGCCAUGACAAAUCUCGAUUUUCUUUCUCCCGAUAGUCGAUGUUAUUCUUUUGACCACAGGGCCAACGGGUACUCACGCGGUGAAGGUAUCGCAGUCAUGGUCCUGAAACGUCUGUCGGACGCCAUCCGGGACGGCAAUACGAUUCGGGCCAUCAUUCGCUCGACGGCGUCGAAUGAAGAUGGUAGGACGCCCGGAAUAACGCAGCCAAGCCGUACGGCGCAGGAAAGUUUAAUACGGGAGACUUACCGACGUUCGAGCCUCAGUAUGCGGCACACGCGAUACUUCGAAGCUCACGGGACAGGCACACCCAUAGGGGAUACUUGUGAAGCACAAGCGAUCGGCUCAGCCUUCAGGGACUACAGGUCUUCGGAAACCCCGUUAUAUGUGGGGGCUGUGAAAUCGAAUAUUGGCCAUCUUGAAGGCGCGAGUGGUCUGGCGGGGAUCAUCAAGACAAUUCUUAUUUUGGAAAGGGGAAUUAUACCUCCAAACACCAACUUCGAAAGGACGAACCCCAGAAUCGACACGGACUAUCUACGUAUCAAGUUCCCGGAGGACUGCCAGCCCUGGCCGACACCAGGUUUACGAAGGGCCUCUGUGAAUUCAUUCGGGUACGGAGGAGCCAAUUCCCAUAUUGUUCUUGACGACGCCUACAACUACCUUCGUCUGCGGUCUCUACCGGGAAGACAUUGCACUUACUCCCCAAUGGUCACCAUUCCAGCUCUUCUCUCAGAUUCAAGCGCUCAGUGUGGCCUCGAAGCUAGUCCGGUUCCGAGACUGAUCGUCUGGUCAGCUGCUGACGGAGAGGGCACGAAGAGAAUGGCGGAGGCGUAUGAGGGUUAUUGCCGAAAGUCGUUUCAAUCCGUAGGUCAACGAGACUUUCUCGGAGAUCUGGCCUAUACGCUGGACAGCCACCGUAGCCAUCUUCACUACAGAUCAUUUGCGCUCCUCAAUUCGACUGGAGGCAUGAAAACCCUUCGAUCCGAAAUGUCACCUCCGGUCAGAGUCCGUUCGCAAAUAUUACCUUCCAUCGGAUACGUAUUCACCGGACAGGGUGCGCAGUGGUACGCGAUGGGAAGAGAACUGAUGCAUUAUUCUUCCUUCUAUGCCGACCUAUGUCGUGCGGAUCAGUAUCUCCAGACUCUGGGCUGUCAAUGGCACGUUAUUGAUGAACUCUCCAAGCCGCCGGAAACUUCUAAGGUCGACGAUCCCGAAUUCAGCCAGACGCUUUGCACCGUCCUGCAAGUAGCUACGGCCAACCUGCUGCACGAAUUUGGCGUCCGGCCCUCUGCUGUCGCCGGCCACUCUUCUGGCGAGAUCGCUGCAGCUUACGCCGGUGGUUAUAUCACAUCCGAGUCUGCCUGGAAGUUGGCAUAUUUCCGCGGCCUAUGUGCUAAUGAAGUCGCUCAAAAUUCGGACUUGUCGAAUCCAGGAGCAAUGAUGGCUGUUGGGCUAUCCGAGACGCGAGCCUUGGAUUAUUGCCGAACUCUAGGCUUCGCUUCAAACUCGGAUGGUAUUUCUGUCGCAUGCAUCAACAGCCCCAACAAUGUGACACUCUCAGGCGAGGAACGCAUGCUCAAAGGCUUGCAAACACAGCUUAGCAAAGACGGUAUCUUCGCGCGAAAGCUACGUGUAAAUGUGGCGUAUCAUUCUCGUCAGAUGGAGGCCGCAUCUGAUCGUUAUAUUAACAUGAUACGACCACUUUCAAAGCCGCCGCACAAAUCGAACAUCCCCAUGGUAUCGACGGUCACUGGGGCCUUGGUUACAGUCGACGCCCUGAAUGAACCAUCGUAUUGGGCACGCAACAUGGCAUCAACCGUACAAUUCGUGGAGGCUAUAGAAAUGAUGUGCAAGCAUCCUCCAGCCAGCGUUGUCAAGAAGAUUGAUGGGAGUCAUCGCUCUACGCCUAGAGUCAAUCAUAUCCUCGAAAUCGGACCCCACGCCGCCUUGGAGGGACCGCUUCGCGAUAUAUUGCGCGCGGGUUCACGGAAAGACGGCCCAACUUACAGCUCCGUGCUACGAAGGGGGCAGUCAGCCGCAGACACCUUGCUUCGCGUCGUGGGAGACCUGUUCUCUAUGGGAUUGCCUCUAAACUUGAGAGUAGUGAAUGAGCCGACGGGAAAAACCGCACGGUCAAUGCUUGUCGAUCUUCCCGCAUAUCCGUUUGAUCAUUCCCGUGGCUAUUGGCACGAAGGUAGACUAAGCCGGAAUUACAGGUUUAGGAGCCAUCCGCCAUCAGACCUGGUGGGCGUUAGAUCCAACGAUUGGAACCCAGCAGAGGCUCACUGGCGCCAUUUUCUCAAGCCAUCCGAGGUCCCGUGGAUUAGCGAGCAUGUCAUAAAUGGCAGAACGCUGUAUCCCGCCGCUGGAAUGCUUGUCAUGGCGGUCGAGGCUGCGAAGAGCCUAGCCGAUGGGCCUCACGUUAUAAAAGGCUACAAUUUGCAUGACGUCCAUUUUAUCGCUGCAAUGGAAUUUGAUUCCAGUAUAGCUGGAAUUGAAGUCCAGAUAGUGCUUCGAAGAAUGGACUCUGGAGCCAAGCGUCUAUCUAAAUACGAAUUCGCCAUCCGAACCUACGUUGGUGAUGAUUGGGUCCUGAAUUGCAAGGGCCUAGUUUCGGUACACUUCGAAGAAGAAAUCCUAGAUAAUUGGAUAAGCCAGAGAGUGAACUCGCGGCGCGAACUCAUUACCCGAAGCUAUCAGGAAGUAGGAGCCCACUGUGAGGAAAUCGUGGAGUCUACAGACAUGUACGAGUUUCUGGAGCAUAGUGGCUUGCACUACGGAUCUCGAUUCCAAGCGCUGCAGAACCAGCGUUUCAGUCGACAGCAUCACGCAACAGCCGAUGUAGUUCUUUUCAAGUCGGCUGAAGAUCCAGAAAUUGCUGCCAGGUGGCAUUCGCAUGUGAUCCACCCGACUUCUUUGGAUGCUAUCUUGCAACUCUCCUUCACGGCACUGUCUCGGGGGGGUUCUCAGCAGAUGGCCACCAGCGUUCCAACUUAUCUCAGCCGCAUGUGGAUCUCUCAGGACGGGCUAAGCUGGCCCCGAAACGACGUUGUUGCCGCUGCAGUUUUAAUAUCUACAGUAAAAAAACGGGGCUUUACCUGUAACGGCGUUGUCGUGGAUUCGAACGAUUCGAGUGUUGAAAGGCUGUGGUACGAAGGGUUUGAGAUCACUAACGUGACGGAAACCCCCUCCUCUAGUCCUCAAUUCCCUAACCCCAGACAGUCCUACAUGAGCAUCGACUGUAAGCCUUCUCUGCAUAUGAUGGGGCCCCGAGAUACGCGGCUUUUCCUUGAGAAUGUACAUCGGCCGGAACAGUCAGUGUCGGAGCUAUCCCGGGGUUUUGAGAGACUUGUCGCGGUUGCUCUGUCCCGUCUGGUCGAUCGGUAUGAUGCAUACAAAGCAGACCACCAGGAACUAUGGAAAACCUACUACCUAGAUUGGGCACAUUAUCACCUAGCGCGGGUGCGCUGUCAACAACAGGCAGACUUCGAAGACUUGUCACCAUAUCGGUCUUUCGAGGAAUCACUUACCUACAUUGAACAUACGGGAUCCAUCGGCCAAGUAUAUGCCUUAGUGGCGCGUAACCUCGACUCUAUAAUACGUGGCGACACGAACCUUCUCGAGCUCCUUAUUCAGUCGAACCAACUGAAGCCGCUUUAUAGGGAGUUUCUUCUUUCCCGGUGUUCAGCCCAGGCCGCUACCUAUGUGGAACUGUUGGCACACGAUAGACCCGGAAUGAACAUUCUUGAAAUUGGUGGCGGUACUGGAGCCGGGACCCGGUUGCUCAUCAACGCCCUACGCGACAGUACUCCUAGCAACAACGCAUCAUCCUUGCGGUGUAAAGAAUACCACUUUACUGAUAUUUCCCAGGCAAUGUUGCUGGGCGUCCGAGAAGAGUUCGAGCGCCAUUCCUCUCAGAUGAAGUUCAGCACAUUUGAUAUGGAACGAAACCUUGCAGACCAGGGCAUUCAAGAAGGCGCGUAUGAUCUAAUCAUAGCAAUCAGCGUGCUUCACGUUUCGUCGGCUCUCGAAAACACAAUGAAGAACUUACGCAAGGCUCUUAGGCCUGGGGGGAAACUCCUAAUCCAGGAGGCCUUCGAACCCACGGCAUGGACUCUGGGCUUUGUAUUCGGACUUCUCCCCGGGUGGUGGGCCGGCGUCCCAGAUAACCGAGCUCUAUCACCAAAUAUCGGAAUUGACGCCUGGGAUUCGGUACUAAAGCACAGUGGGUUUUCGGGUGUUGACUUCGCCCUGGAAGAUACUGAGCAGCCUACAACGUCCGAUUUUGGCUGGGUCAUUUCCACCGCUGUAGAAGAAAGCCGCACAAACGGGGUGACAGCCCAGCCGUUAUCCGAUACUCAGAUGACCAUCCUGGUAGAUCAAGGCUCCCACCUACAGAUCGAUCUCGCCUCUUCCCUCGUAUCUUCAAUUGGGGAAUCAUUCGGAAUAAGCCCUCCCGUGGUCACCCUAGAGAACUUUGAGCCGGGACACGGAGAAGGAAAGGGCGGGUUAAUUAUUUCUCUCCUCGACUAUGACUACGCGUUCCCGUUCAUCCAGAACUUGAACUCAACCUCAUGGGAGACCUUCAAAUCCAUAGUUGGCACCUCACAUCAAGUCCUUUGGGUGUCUGCUGGCGGCGGCCGGCUUAUGAAUCCCAACCAUGGGAUGUUCGACGGCCUGGCACGAACUCUGCGCUCUGAGUAUUACGGGCUUCAUCUCAUACGCCAUAUCGCCAAAAACUACGAAGAAGAAUACAUCGAAAUCGACGGUGCCCUGCACACCCGGCGGCUCGUCGAGGCCGGCUCGCUGAAAGCGGCUGUUGAUGCGAAACUACAUGCCCCCUUUUCCUUCUCAACAUCCUCUGCCGCGCUAUAUAACAGUCCUCACUACAUCGAAUCUCCGGCUGAAGAAUACUCAGCACAAGCGGUCUCCCUCCAGUCGAGAGACGGCGCUUUGGCGGUGGGGAAUGAGGAGGCGCCAGGGGCGUACGGAACAUUCUGCGUCGGGUUUGUCCUGCAGGCCGGGCCAUCCUCUCGUUUCUGCCGCGGCGACCGCGUUUUCUCUACCGAAAUCUCCCCUCUCCCAUCCAACGUUACCUAUCUCGAUACCUGCUGGGCCUUCUCCCCCAUGCUCGCCGCCUACCAAGCAACAGCGCAGGGCUCGUGGGCCCCAGCCCACGACCGCAUACUGGUAGACCUCGGAGCAAGCGUGCUCGGGCAGGCUGCUAUCGAGCUGCUGAGGCAAAAAGGCGCCAGGGAACUCUGGACGACUGCCGCGGACGAGGGUGAGGCCGCCUGGGUGGCCCAGCACUUGAAGAUCCCCCAUCGAUGCAUAAUACCGCGGAAGUGGUUCGAGGACAACCCGAUGCUCGUCUCGGAAUGGAAAAGAAAGUUUGAUCUCCUGAUGCACUGCGUCCGACCUGGGGGCCGAUGUGUCAUGUUCCUCACUUCUUGGGCGCUCCCAGAGCAUUCGCGAACCGCGCAUUACGUUCCUUCAAACGUGUCUUUCUCGACAGUCCGAGUCGGAGAGGGCCUCACGGGCGGUAGCGCCCCGGAUCUAAACCUGCUACAGCAUAUCCUUACUCUAGUCGCUACGUGGGUCGCGAAAGGCGUGCGACACAGUGUAGCCUCUUUCACUGCUUCCAACGUCACUGGCAUCUUCAACCACCUAAAGCAGACUAAGGGCCGGGAGACCGUUGUUGUGGAGUUCAAUAAUAUGGAUGUCAUCGAUGUCCAUGUUACGAAUCCAUGCGGUUGCAAACUAGACCCGAACGCGACCUACGUCAUCGCCGGAGGCCUCGGGGGUCUAGGGAGGUCAUUCGCCCGUUGGCUUGUGAGCCGCGGUGCCCGCUACAUGGUUUUACUGUCGAGGUCCGGUCCCAAGACGCCAGAGGCUUUGAACCUUCUAGCGGAAUGUGCGGAACUAGGAAUCAAGGUCGAGACGCCACGCUGCGACAUAACUGAUAGGGUCGCUUUGAGGUCGCUGUUACUGGGCUACUCGCAAAGCAUGCCUUCCAUCAAAGGUUGCAUCCAAGCCACGAUGGUCAUGAAAGAGAACAUAUUCCAGAAACUCAGUUACGAUGAUUGGAAAGCGGCUAUUGACCCUAAGGUCGCUGGGUCAUGGAACCUCCACGAAGAGCUUCCCGAGCAGCUCGACUUCUUUUUUAUGAUAUCGUCGAUGGCCGGGAUUAUUGGGAGGACCUCGCUGGCCGCGUAUAAUGCGGGAAACACGUAUAUGGAUGCUUUGGCCCACUAUCGUGUCUCCAUGGGCAGACGGGGUACAGUUCUCGACCUAGGCCCGGUUGCCGACGAGGGUUACCUAGCGACACAUGCAGAUCGCAUGUCUCUGUUUCAGGGCAGGGUUCAGGUUGAGCUGAUAUACACUGACGAGAUCUACGCCCUUCUAGAUACUCAUUACCAGUCUGCCAUCGCCUUAUCGACAGCCGGCAUCUCUUGCCAGGCCGUUGUCGGCAUCCGGCCUCCCUCCCAUUGGAAGCACAUCGACGACGUCUUCUUCACUAUGGCACAGCCCCUGUGGGGGCACAUGCAUCAUAUACCUGUCCCGUCGUUUAGCGGCAAAGAUGCGCGAUCAGUCGGCCAGGGACAGCAGAAUAAUAUCAGCGAAAAAAUGACGUCUGCUGCGUCGCUGUCCGACGCCGCGGGCAUCGCUGGGGAAGCUCUCGCGGCUCGUCUGUCGCUUUUGCUCGGCACGCAAGAGAGCCGGCUAGACCCAGAAAAGCCGCUGCAUUCCCACGGCGUAGACUCUCUAUCCGCCGUAGAAUUGCGCAACUGGAUAGCCAAGUCGUUCAGCAUAGACAUGCCCCUAUUCGACAUCUUAGGUGACGCGACUCUUGCUAGCACAGCCUUGUCCAUUGCCCGCAAGUGGCAGGCUCGUCAAUGA